GUCCUUUUGGGGGACUGACACCAGUGAGACCACCUACUCUCCACAGGCUCAGCCCACUGAAGUUUCGCUGAAAGAAGACCUCCAAACAUCCAUCAUCUUGGACCGAAUCUAUCCGAUUCACUUCUCCAUCAUCGGCAUCAUCUUCCUCCCACACCGCAACCCACACAACCACAAUAACAACACCAACAACAACUUUGGCCACCGGGCAACGGACAACCAAUCCAGACCAGCACUACACCAAAACCACAACGGUUCCAUCACCACCGGUCCCUCUUCCCGAGCUCAGUAAAAGCUACCCGCUGAGCUACACACACGGCGCCGCUGCGGUUGCAGCCUUUUACUCUCUUGUUUGCACAUCAACUGCCGCCAUAGGGGCACAUCGACGACAAGCUCGCAAUCAUGUCGCUCAACAUCUUCCGCGUCGCCGCGGACUUUAGCCACUUGGCUUCUAUUCUUAUCCUUCUCCAUAAGAUGACGCAGCUGAAGAGCUGCGCCGGCAUCUCUUUCAAGUCGCAAGUCAUCUACUUCAUCGUCUACGUCACCCGCUAUCUCGACCUGUUCUGGACGACAAGCUACUACAACAUCAUCUUCAAGAUUCUCUUCAUUGCUUCCUCCGGCUACAUCAUCUACCUUAUGGUCAGCGCCUACAAGCCCACCAACGAUCCCGGUCUCGACACCUUCCAGGUCCAAUACCUGCUGGCUUUCGCUGCCGUUCUCGCCAUCCUCUUGCCCUACCAGUAUAACUUCUGGGAAAUCAUGUGGGCCUUUUCCAUCUGGCUCGAGUCUGUCGCCAUCCUUCCGCAGCUCUUCAUGCUCCAGCGUACCGGCGAGGCCGAGACCAUCACCACCCACUACAUCUUUGCCCUCGGUCUCUACCGCGCUCUGUAUAUCCCCAACUGGAUCUACCGCUACGUUACCGAGCCGAAGCACAAGAUUGACUACAUUGCCGUUGCGGCGGGCAUCAUCCAGACGUUGCUCUACACCGACUUCUUCUGGGUGUACUAUACGACUGUCAUGAAGGGCAAGAAGUUCAAACUGCCUGUUUAAACCGUGGAAACAGCGAAUGGGUUGGGGGAAAACCGGGGCAAUUGAGCAAACAAAGUCGAUCCAUCAACCUCUUAUCCGGUUGAUCAAUGUUCGACUAUCAGCGGAGGCUGGACUGCUCGAAUUGGUGAUUCGUGUUUGGCACCGUACGGUAACGAAAGUCGAACCCUGACCACAACCGCAGCUUCAGCACAUACUCACCGAGGGCACAAAACUGUUGUAAUGGCAGAGGAAUGGGGACUGGGGAGGACAUGCUUCACCCAGUGCGGUGGGCAUGCGUCGUUGAACCUCGACAAAGAGGGAUAACGUGACAAUGAAAAUAAAUAUUGGAUUGCAUGUUAGGCCGGCGUUGGUGGGAUGGAGAUGGCUUUGUCGAUAAGUUUGCGCACAAUUAUGAGGAGCGCAUAGCCAUCUUGGCGCGCCAAGGCAAGUACACUACACAUGGCCACCAUGGGAUUGGAUUCCGGCUUGGUGAGCUUCUAGAGGCGAUAUAUCUAUGUGGUUUAGAGAGGUCGAACGACUAGGGUACUAAAAUAUCAAAACUGGCUUCUUCUUUCAGGGG